GGAUGACUGGUGUGUGUGUGUGUAAGAGAGACACAGACUGGCUUCUCUUUUUUUUCUCUUUCUGCUCUUUCCUUAUUCCCUCUCUCAGCCGAGCAGAGCAGAGCGGGACUCAGAGAGGAGGACAGUGCGCACCAGAGCUCUCCAACUCCACAAAGACCAGAGGCGACAGGAGUUUGCUUGGAGAACACAAGAAAAAAAGAAGCCGCCCUUGUUUUGCAUCAGCAAACUCUGGUGGAUAUCAAGUAGAAUUUUUAGAAGAACUGACGGGAUUUGAGUGGCUGAGAAGAAAUCUGAGAAGAAAUUAUUGCCACUUUUCUUUUUCUACAUUUUUAAUUAGCAGAUAUUUAAUCAUUCCAGGCUUGUGAGGUGUAACAGUACUCCUGAAGGCAGGAACACAGAGAAAAAAGGUGGACAGAAAGAGUCCAGUGGGAAGAGGAGAAGCUGCUGAACAUGUCCAUAACAGGCAGCUGUUUUGAGGCUGGAAUGGGAUGUCCAGCCGUGCAGUGGAUGUGGCUGCUGAUGCUCUCUGCCCUGAUCAUUGGCAAUGCCAGUGCCUGCCCAGCCUUGUGUACCUGCAGUGGCGUCACAGUGGACUGCCAUGGACUGGGUCUCAAAACCAUGCCAAGGAAUAUCCCCCGCAACACUGAACGACUGGAGCUGAAUGGAAAUAACCUCACACGCAUCACCAAGAGUGACUUCACUGGGCUGAAAUAUGUCAGAGUUCUGCAGUUGAUGGAGAACCAGAUCACAGUGGUCGAGCGAGGAGCUUUUGAUGACAUGAAAGAGUUGGAACGACUGCGGCUGAACCGUAAUCAACUACAACAGCUUCCGGAGUUACUGUUUCAGAAGAACCCUGCCUUGUCUCGACUAGAUUUAAGUGAGAACUUUAUUCAGUCCAUCCCCAGAAAAGCUUUCAGAGGAGCUACAGACAUCAAGAACCUGCAGCUGGAUAAAAACCACAUCAGCUGCAUCGAGGACGGCGCGUUCAGAGCUAUGAGAGGCCUGGAAGUGCUAACUCUGAACAACAACAACAUCAGCAGUAUCCCCGUCUCCAGCUUCAACCACAUGCCCAAACUCCGAACUUUCCGCCUGCACUCCAACAAUCUGAACUGUGACUGUCAUCUGGCUUGGUUGGCCCAGUGGCUCAGGCAGAGGCCUACGAUUGGUCUGUUCACGCAGUGCACUGUGCCUUCUGAGCUCAAAGGACUCAACGUGGCAGAAGUCCAGAAACAUGAGUUCACCUGCUCAGGACACCAGGAGUCUUCCAGCCUGCAGCCCUGCAGCAUCGGCGGAGGAUCGUGCCCUGCAAUGUGUACCUGCAGCAACAACAUUGUGGAUUGUAGAGGCAAAGGUCUCACCGCCAUCCCAGCCAAUCUUCCUGACAACAUGGCUGAAAUACGUCUGGAGCAAAACGGGAUCAAGUCUGUUCCUCCCGGAGCCUUUUCUUCCUACAAGAAACUGCGUAGGAUAGACCUGAGCAACAACCAGAUCUCAGAGAUAGCUCCUGAUGCCUUCCAGGGCCUGCGCUCCCUUAACUCCCUUGUGCUUUAUGGAAAUAAAAUCACUGACCUACCCAAGGGGGUGUUUGAUGGCCUCUAUGCGUUACAACUACUCUUGCUGAAUGCCAACAAGAUUCACUGCAUCCGUGCCAACACCUUCCAGGACCUGCAGAAUCUCUCCCUGCUGUCUCUCUACGACAACAAGAUCCAAACCCUCGCCAAAGGCACCUUCACGUCUCUCCGGGCCAUACAGACCCUCCACCUGGCCCAGAACCCAUUCAUUUGUGACUGUAACCUGAAGUGGCUGGCAGACUACCUGCGCUCCAACCCCAUUGAGACCAGCGGUGCUCGCUGCGCCAGCCCUCGCCGCCUUGCAAACAAACGGAUUGGACAAAUCAAGAGCAAGAAGUUCCGCUGCUCUGCCAAAGAGCAGUACGUCAUCCCAGGUACAGAAGACGUCCGUCUAAAUGAUGCCUGCAACAGCGAUCCGGUUUGUCCUCCCAAGUGUCGUUGUGAGUCCAAUGUAGUGGACUGCUCCAACCUGAAGCUCACCAAGAUCCCUGAGCACAUCCCUUCAUCCACCUCUGAGCUCCGCCUCAACAACAACGAGAUCACGAGUCUGGAUGCGAACGGAGCGUUUAAAAACCUGGCACAGCUGAAGAAAAUUAACCUUAGCAACAACAAGAUCACAGAAAUUGAAGAUGGGACAUUUGAAGGUGCAUCAGCUGUCAUUGAGCUUCAUCUCACCGCCAAUCAAAUUGACUCGGUUCGGAGCGGAAUGUUCCGGGGCCUUGAGGGACUGAGGAUGCUGAUGCUAAGGAACAAUAAGAUCAGCUGCGUUCACAAUGACAGCUUCACUGGACUCCACAACGUCCGUUUGUUGUCUCUGUACGACAACCAGCUGACCACCAUCACUCCUGGAGCCUUCGACACUCUGCAGACCCUCUCUACUCUGAACCUUUUGGCAAAUUCCUUCAACUGUGACUGCCGGCUGGCCUGGCUGGGCGAUUGGCUGAGGAGUAGGAAGAUUGUAACAGGUAACCCUCGCUGCCAGCGCCCAGCCUUCCUGAAGGAAAUCCCUCUGCAGGAUGUGGCUCUGCCUGACUUUCGCUGUGAUGAGGGCCAAGAGGAGUCGAGCUGCAUUCCUCGGCCGCAGUGUCCCAGUGAAUGUACUUGUCUGGAGACGGUGGUGCGCUGUAGUAACAAGCACCUCCACUCGCUGCCUAGAGGCAUCCCGAGAAAUGUGACCGAGCUGUAUCUGGAUGGAAACCAGUUUAGCAUUGUGCCAAAGGAGCUUUCAACUUUCAAAUACCUUCAGUUGGUUGACCUGAGCAACAACAAGAUUAACUCCCUGACCAACUCCUCCUUUGCAAACAUGAGCCAACUUACCACUCUAAUCCUGAGCUACAACUCCCUGCGUUGCAUUCCCAAAAUGGCUUUCAGUGGGCUACACUCGCUUCGACUGCUGUCCCUCCAUGGCAACGAAAUUUCAGAACUUCCCGAUGGCAUCUUCAAUGAUGUGGCUUCUCUGUCUCAUUUGGCGAUUGGUGCCAACCCUUUGCAUUGUGACUGCCGCCUGCGCUGGCUGUCUGACUGGGUGAAGACGGGGUAUAAAGAGCCUGGAAUUGCCCGCUGCGCUGGUCCCCAAGGCCUCGAGGGCAAACUGCUUCUUACCACACCUGCAAAGAAGUUUGAAUGCCACGGUGAUGUGGACAUAGCGGUGCUCUCUAAGUGUAACCCCUGCCUGUCAAAUCCCUGCAUGAACCACGGCAUCUGUCACAAUGAUCCAGUGGAGAUCUACAGGUGCAGCUGUCCACCAGGAUUCAAGGGUAAGAACUGCGAGUCAGGCCUGAAUGCCUGCGUCAGUAACCCAUGCGCCAAUGGGGGAACCUGUCGAGUGCAUGAGGAUAAUGAGGGACAAUACAGUUGCACCUGUGCGCUGGGCUUCGAAGGCCCCACUUGCAAAAUCAACACUGACGACUGCGAAGACAACGACUGUGAAAACGGUGCAACCUGCGUGGAUGGAAUCAACAACUACACCUGUUUUUGUCCCCCCUACUACACAGGGGAAAUGUGUGAAGAAAUGGAAGAUGUGUGUGCUCCAGGAAGAAGUCCCUGCCAACAUCAGUCUACCUGCCUCAUCACCUCCUCUGGACCCAAGUGUGUGUGUUCUCCUGGCUACGUUGGUGAUGACUGCAGCAUAGAUUACAACGACUGUGAGGAGCAUCGCUGUCAGAACGGAGCUCAGUGCGUGGAUGAGCUGAGCGGAUAUUCGUGCAUUUGUCCUAAAGGGUUCAGCGGUCAGCUGUGCGAGGUCCCGCCGUCCCCUCUGUCACUCUGCGAAUUGGCCGACUGUCAGAAUGACGCCCCAUGUGUGGAGCGAGGGGGGCGUGCCCUUUGCCAGUGUCCACCAGAGUUUGGCGGGCCACGUUGCGAGAAACUAGUUAGCGUCAACUUCAUCGACAGAGACUCUUACCUCCUGCUGUCGGACCUCAAGAACUGGCCGCAGGCUAACAUCACACUGCAGGUUUCCACAGCUGAGGACAAUGGUAUCCUCCUGUACAAUGGAGACAAUGAUCACAUUGCUGUAGAGCUUUUUCAAGGCCAUGUUAAGGUUAGCUAUGACCCCGGCAGCCAGCCAGGACAUGCUAUUUACAGUACUGAAACCAUCAACGAUGGUCAGUUCCACACCGUGGAGCUGGUGACCUUCGACCAAAUGGUGAACCUGUCCAUUGACGGAGGGCUCCCUACCACAAUGGACAGCUUUGGGGCGGUGCGGCCCCUCAAUAGGGAGGCUCCGCUAUACGUGGGGGGUAGGGGCCCUCUCCAGAACACACCUCCCUCCUCUGCAGGCAUGCCGGUGGACGUUCACUCUGGCACGUUCCGUCUGUGGCAGAUCCAGAACAGUUCCAGUUUCCACGGCUGCAUCCAGAACUUGUACAUCAACAACGAGCUUCAGGAUUUCACCAAGACCCAGAUGAAACCUGGCGUGGUACCGGGCUGCGAGCCCUGCAAGAAGCUGUACUGCGUCCAUGGCAUCUGCCAACCUGACGGGGCUCAAGGACCAGUAUGCCACUGCCAACCAGGCUGGAUUGGGGCGCACUGCGACCAGCCGGCUCUGAACCCGUGCCAGGGGAGCAAGUGUGUGCAUGGGAAGUGCAUCCCACUGGAUGCUCAGUCAUACCGCUGUGAGUGUCAGGAGGGCUACCGUGGCGCCCUGUGCAACCAACAAGGCGAGCUGUUUAAUCCCUGCCGGCGCCUGUCCUGCAAACAUGGUCGCUGCCAGAUCUCAGACGCAGGAAGCGCAUACUGUCACUGUGAAAGCGGCUACACCGGGGAACUGUGCGACGCAGAGUCAGAGUGUCGAGGGGAGCCUGUGCGAGAUUUCUAUCAGGUGCAGCGAGGGUACGCCAUCUGCCAAACAACGCGCAUGGUCUCCUGGGUGGAGUGCAGCGGCGCCUGCAGCACGGGGGCGUGCUGCGGCAGUCAAAGGAUGAAACGCCGGAAAUACACCUUCGAGUGCAGCGAUGGAACCUCUUUUAGUGAGGAAGUGGAAAAGACCAUCAAGUGUGGCUGCGUGGGGUGCAUGUAGCCCAACUCUUUCUCAUCACCCGCCACUGCUAAGGAGCCGAAAGAAGGGAAACGAGAAAGGAGGGAUUGAAGGAAGAAAAGAAAGGAAGGGAGAAGACUGGACGAAAACAAGGGAGGGAAAACAGGAAAAUAGAGAUUAUACAGAAUAUAUAUAAAACCUCUAUCUAUAUAUUAUGGACUACAAUGUUUGUAAAAUAGGACAUUAACUUCCCUUCCGAGGGGUGUGACCUAGAGGAAAACAACAUCGUGAGCAACAAUGUAGAAUUGACAACAAAACAUCCUUGCAACCCACAUUCUCCUGUAUUAGUUCCCCUUUCCAUCUGUGAGGCCUCCAACAGCCAAGCCACCAUUUUCCUUUGUGGAGGCAGUGAGUACAUUCUGGCCAAGAAAAAAGAGGAGACAGAAAAGGGAGGGAUAAAAGAAGAGUCGGACUGUUAGACUUGGCAAAGCUAUCCUGAGUUGAGCUUGGUUGGGUUGACUGGACUGUGCUGGGUGCACUUUGGGAUACGUCGUCAUUUAGGAGUAGCCAUUUCUCCACCAUAAUGCAGUUAUCUAUCAAACACAUGCAGGCAGAGAAGCGAUAGAAACAAAGGUUGAAGCGGUGCUUCAAGGGUAAGGUGUUCUGCCGUCGCAGCCAUUUGCUGUGAGCUAGCGCAGCAUAGAAACUUCCCUGCAAACAGAGACUGCACUGACUAGCAGCACUGAAACCAACAGUGUUCCACCUCACCGGAGUACAUGAUCACACAUGCAUGGCACGCACUCAGCGAGAGAUGGCUCCUGUGCAGGAGCUGCUCUGCGUCAGCAAACCAGCGUGGCGCAGGCAGUCAUUACAAGCCCCCAGCAUGCAUAGGCUCAGGGUUAAGAAUUUUUGCAUAGUCCCACCCUCUUGUGAGCAGGAGACCCUGCUCCGGUUGAUGCCUGCAGUAUUAAACUUGUGCAAAGUGUUGCAUGUGUGGAGAGGAGUUUAAGAAAUAUGUAGACCUUUUUUAUGUCAUUACAAAUGUUAUUACAAAAGAAAAAGCUUAGAUUAACAUUCUGUUUUGUUGUGUCUAAUUCCUCAUAAUGUUUUUUAAUACUUGUUAUGAUUUGUCUUAAGAUCCAAGCUCUUGCUGCCAUGCAAAUUCCUAAAUAUCUUUACACAAAAAUCUUCAAAUGCAUUAACACACACAUACAAGGUAGCAUCAUAAAAACAGAUUUUAAGCGGCCAAAAAUGCAGCAGCAGGUAGACCUUGUUGUAUAAAAGCCAAUAUCGGACUAAAACUAUGUUUAAUAUUGUAUAUGUUGUCUUCCAUGUGAAUAUUACAUCUAAUUCAUGAGUCUGUGCUUGUUUUUAUUUAUUUUAUUGAAAUGCAUUUUCUUUUAGAGUAAUAAGAAAAAAAAAUCGGGUGAUGAGAUGGUUUUAAGAAUUUUCAAAAACCCUUAAAAAUUGCUGUGAUACUUAAAUUAAAAAAAUCUAAUGACCCUCCUUUGAAUUUGUAAUAACAGGCCCUUUCUGAAAACUUUAAAAAAAAUAAUUAUGAUGGGUUGCAUCAUCUCUAUCUUAGUUUCUGAGAGUUUUCUUUAUUUUUUUUUUUUUUUUAAGUCAAGCUCAACUGAUCAUAAGCUGCUGUCAAGCCAGAAGAAGCAUGAUGCCUCUGUGGAUGCUGGUGAAGCAAAAGAUGGAUCAAAUACUGAGAUCUGUUCAUAUGGCAACUGUGUGAAGCAUUACACGCCAGAUACUGACAGAUAACAAUGAGAAAGCUAUGGACAUUUUCAUCAUCUGUCAGCUCUGGUUAUCCACUCCCUAAAGGAAAAAAAGGCAAAAAAAAAAUCAAAACAGUGCCAAUUACAGUGAACCGUGAAACCUGAAUGUAUAAAUGUGUAUAGAUAAAUAUGCCCUAUGCUUACUCAUGAAGUGGUAACUCUUAGCUGUUAGUUUCCAGUGUAAGAUAAAAGUCACAUCCUGUAGAGACAGUGACAGCCUGCCAGGAUGAGGGCCUCCUUCUGCCUGCAUACUUGGAUUAUGUUUUUUUUUUUAACGUCUCCUUAAAAAGCUGCAGAGACCCAGAUUUUGACACAGUAUGGCGUUACAGCACACUGCUCCUGUUCAUAUUGCUACCAAUGUUAACGUUCUUUCACAUGCUGUUAACGUGAUGCAAGUGGUGUACUGUACUAAUCCCAAAAGAGUUGACAGUCACUGUAAUACUCCAAGCUGUGGGCCUCCUAAAGCUGCACCUUUAAUCAAAUGUGACUUUCAUUUCAUGGCUCCUUCUCUUCUUCUGAAUCAAUCUGUUAUGGAUCGGUGCAUUCAGCUUCUUAGUAGACAUCUUAGUGGUUCUUGUACUCAUCUUGAGAUGUGAUUUCAUAAUCUGGCCACACGACCAGAACCACAAAUAUUUCAUCCUAUGAACUAUAUACAUCAAUGUUGUGCGCAACACAAAGUCUCUGUUGUAUUAUGGUGCAAAAACAUCAGAAUUAUGGGUUUCUGUCUGUUUUCUGUUGCAGGACUAAUGGUGGGAUUGAACUGAAAAACUCAGUUAUGCUGAAUGUAUGUAGUGCCACCAAGAAAAUGUUUACCAAACCUCCACUCUUUUCAUUAAACUUAAAAUGUGUGUGCUUUUA